AUGUCCAUUGCAGAGGCUGCCAAGCCUCAGGUCAUGGACUUCGCUGAGGAGGAGUUCCGGAUGUUGCUUUGGUCGCUGCCACGCUGUGCGCUGGACAGCGCCCUCACCUUGCUGGAGCACGCGGAGGCGGCGGGGAGAACGUUGACGGCGCAGUGCUUGAGCGCGUUGCUGGCCGAGGCGGAGCAGCGGCAGCUGGCAAAGCUGGAGGCAGCGCUCCUGCAGCGGCUCGGCCGUUCCGCGUCGCCGUCGGAGGGUUUGGCACAGCUCGCGGCGAGCGCCGCGCAGGAGCACCACUCCACCAUGACGGACGUGAGCGCUUACACGACACGGUCAAAAUGGUCGGCUCUCAAGUUCAUUCUUCCCGCAUCUUCGGCUCCAGCGUUUUUCCCGGAACGGAACCGCACGGUGCCAGCCGAGAAGCGGAAGCCUCAGCGGAAGCCUCGCCAGGGAGGGGAGGAGUUGGAUCUGGCAGCGGAUGGGAUUCGAAAGGAAGAAUGGAUUCGCGACGAGAGAGGCACACCAGGUGGAUUGGUGAAGACCAAAGUGUAUCGUGCACAGAAUGGUCGGCAGGCACUUGAAGUCCACUUAUGGGGCGAAGUCAGCGCAGAACAUGCAAACUUGAUUCUGCACUGGGGAUUUCUGCAUCAAAAAGACUCCUUUGCUUGGACUCGACCAGGGAAAGUGGCAUGGCCUGUGCCAACCUGGGCAGCCGAACCGGAAGCGUGCCAAAGUCCGGUGAUUGAGACUGGGACAUCGAUGGGGCACAGUGGCUCACCGAAAAGAACUUGGAUGCUCGUUGUGCGCAUUCCCAUGGAGGUGAUGCCAAAAGGCUUUGCCUUCGUUCUCAAAAUGGAUCAGAACCGCUGGUUCAAAAAGGGUCCCCAGAAGGGACCAGACGACUGUGUGGUCAGUCUGGAAGGAUUGAGUUUGGGCCCUAGCUCACAGAGCCCACAGCCUGAACCUGCUCCAUCAUCCCGGACUGCCAGUUUUUCCUCCUUCUCCUCCGCACUCACAUUCUCCAGCUGGUUCGUCGUGGAUGGCGACCAAUGCUUCUUGCCAAACGCGGCCUUCCCCAAUGAGGAUAACACCGGGUUGACCUAUGUGUCUGCCUUGCGGGCAGGCUCCAAAGUGCUUUCAGCUGAUGAGGAGGUGACGGUUCAAUCCAUUCAGGAGCAUCCCGAAGACCGGCAUGAAAUCGUCCUGGUGGGCACGCGACAUGCACAGAUCAGGGUCUCCAAAGAACACCUGAUUCCAGUUCGCAUCGCAGGGAAGGACAUGGUGCGGAAGGCAGCCUGGCGGCUGGCCCUCAACGACUUGGUCUUGGUCAACAAUGAGCCCUCUCCGGUGAAGAAGAUCAAGGAAGUGGGUCUGAAAACAAAGCUUUUCGCAGUCCGCUUUGAGAACCCCAACACGCGGGUGAAGGCGUACGAUCUAUCGAGUCCCAUUCAGGCAUACGGCAACCCGAACAUCGAAGACCCAGCUCGCAAGAUGGCCUGGGAAGAAUCAUGGGAUUUACUCAGUGAGGAUCAUUUGCGUCAGGCUGUCGGAGCAGGAGGUGAUUUGGCGCUGCGUCUUCUCCGAAAAAAGACCUUGGCGCUGCGUCCGCGGAGCGCAUGGGACGAUGAGGAGAUCCAACCUUGGCAACUUGGAGCCACAUGCACCCAGCGUUCGGCCGUGACCUCCAACUUGGUGAGCACCAUCAACCUUGGGCAGUCUUCGCCGCUCCGGUGCCUUCGGUCGCCGGACCCCGCGCACCGGCGACCCGACCUGCGCCACGACGUGCUGGCGUCAGACGACUUCGGAUAUCCCAAUCCUUCACCGCAACGAGUCCAAUUCGAGCGCAAUGACCGCGUUCAGCGACAGCCAGUGGGAGCUGCCCCUCCGCCACGGAUCCCAUCCUUUAAGGAAGCCUUGCGCUUGGCGUCUACGCCCAGUACGAGCGCCACGUCUGCGCGCUCGGCGGCCAGAUGGGAGGAGCCUUCGGAGUCCCGUUCAGCCGCAUUCACCGGGCUGCGGCUGCCGGCGCCCAGCCUGCCCAGCUUCACCAACCGCCGGAGCCUGGCAGAGCUGGACUUGUUGGUUGCAGAGGCUGAGAGCCGAAUCCGCAAUCUGGAGCUCUGGCAUGCAACCCCCUGCCCAGAAGUGCCAAGCCGUUUCGGCAUGAAGUCCAACUUGGAAGAGUGCAUUCAACAUGCCGAGCAGUCCCUGCAGCUGGCGACGAAGCGCGCGCGCGCGAUCGAGAUGUUAAGGCCCACCGCGGAUGCGCCAUCCUUUGCAUCUGCAGAGGUGGGGCAGCGCAUGCAAUUGGCCUCGCUCCGCGCCUCCCUGGCACAGUUGGAGCUCAGGUUUGAACGUGUCAUGUCCCUCCAACCCGGCGCGAGUCCGAGUCCCGCCGGGCGUCCGGACGCCGCGCUCGGAGUGCGUUCGGAGCUGUCCGGAGCGACGAGCCCCGUGAGCCCCGUGAAUAACGUGGCUUCCACCACGAACGAGAGGGCGCCACCGCGCGCGCAGUGUGCUGCUUCUUCACGAAGUGAAGAGGACUUCCGGCGAUUGGAGGACGAGCUGCAAAAAGCCAAAAUUGAGAUCGAAGAAUUGCGUGGAAAGAACUGCGACUUAGAACGAGAGAAUGAACGAUUGGAGAAGCAAGUCAUUGAAAGCAAAUCCAGUCUUAAGGAACUCAAGGACGCCAAGGCCCCGAAGGUGGAGGACAUGACUGAGAAGUUUCGUCAAGAGAAGGCGCAAUUCCAAAAAGAACUAGAAGAACAGAAGACCAUCGUAAGGUCACUGGAGGCGCAGCUGCAAGCUGCCAACGAAUCAAGAGAAGGCCGACUCACCUCGCCGGAGGCCGAGGAAGCUGAAGCCAAGACAUGCCGAGACAUCUUCGAUGCCGCAGAGAAGGGUGCCCUGGAUGCGCUACGCUACUUCCUACGGGCGGCGCCGCAGCGCGUGGCCCAGACAAAUGGCCAAGGCCAAACGCCGCUAAUGCGGGCCGUGGAGAAGGGCCAGCUUUCGGCCGCCAAAGAUUUGGUGUUGAUCUUCGGGGCCGAGGUGAACUCCAAGGAUUCUUUUGGCGAGACCAGCUUGCACCUGUUGGCGCGACACUUUGUGAGUGGCCUCGGCCGCAGCGCUUCGAUCUUCCACGUGUUGUCCGCCGCCCAGAUUCGGAUGGAUGCCGUGAACAACUUUCGUCGAACGGCGCUGCAUUUGGCCGCGCAGUUCGGGCAGGGUGACAUGGCUCAGCUGCUGUUGGAUGCGAAAGCCCCUUUGGAGGUCCAGGAUGACCGAGGCCGAAGGCCUUUGCAUCUGGCGGUGCAGUUUGGACAUUCCAACAUGGUCCAGCAGCUGCUGAAGGCGAAAGCUGACGUUCAAGCGAAGGACGACACAGGUGCCGACGCGCGGACCCUCGCGGCCGCGCGGGCGGACGCCACGGGCGCCGAGCUCCGGCGGCUGCUGGCCGAAGCUGCAGCGAAAGCAUGUCGAGUUCUCAGAGGUCAGAGGUUUAAGACAUCCAAUUGA